AUGGAGAAGCGGAGGACUCGCACCGCCAACCCAUGCGAUGGCUGCUCCCUGCGCCGGGUACGAUGCCGCAUGCAAGGCAGCCCGCCUUGUGUUGAGUGCCAAAAACACUCUAGAGGUCCCAAGGGGCCACGACAAUGUACCUCCGAAAAGGUGGUACACUACCAAAACGAAAUUCGCCAAUCCCAAACCCUUUUUCCAACCUCACAAAACCUUGCAAGCUCCGUUAUUAUGAACGAGAGUGACCAGAUUCCACUGGGACUAUACCUUGAGUAUUUGGACAAAUUCCGAGAGUGUCUUACCUGCGUCUGGCCUAUACUUAAUGUCGAGGAUUUGAAGGCUCGACUCGUCCAGAAUUCUUUAGGGGAUCACAAUGCCUGGGCAUUGGCUGGCGCUGUCUGUGCAACUGUUAUUGCCCAGUUGCGACUCUCUCAGAUACGGCUGGCAAAACAAGACACGACAACUACAAACCUUAGCUCACUCGCCGACAGCUUUGCCCGGCAUGCUCAGCGUUUGCGAGAUCGAUUUAUUUAUCGACAAAACUUUUCGACUGAGUCUUUAUUAACAGCUUUUUUUCUACAUGUCUACUUCACCAUUACUGGACAGACUAGAACCGCGAUAAUGUACUUGCAUGAGACGAUUGCACAGCUACAUCUCCAAGAUUUACAUCUUGCCGAAACAUUAGCCAAUCUGGCGGACGAGCAGAAGGAACUGGCGCUCCGCAUCUACUGGCUUGUAUUUGUGUCUGAAAAGACCUUUUGUGUACAAAAUUGCUUUCCGACAUCACUUUCACCGAUUCAGGCUUUGCCUUCCUCAGAAUACCACAUCCAGGGUGUUGGCCAUCUUGACCCAUCUUUUCAACUCCUUACACAACUGUUCACGUUGCUUGAUAACAAUAUCAUCAUGGCAGGGAAUAGAAGAGGGGCUUGCAUGGAUGCAAGUAGUCUAGACCACCUUCAAUAUGCCCUGUCAGCCAUGGACAACAUUGCAGCUGUGGCGCCAAGGCUCCCAGAAACACAACGGGUCAAUGUCUUGAUGACAGGAAACUGGAUUAAUAUCCUUUGUUGGCAAUAUGCGCUUCGGCAUAUUCAAAUGUCCAGCCGCAGAGAUGCUGAUGCCACCUUUUCGAUACUGGAACCUGCUUCAGUUGCCGAGAAGGCAAUGCGGCUUUUCGCGUCCGUCUCCAGAGAAUCAAUCACGACCCACGGGUUUGGUAUGGAGCUCAAGGUAUUUCGUAUCACGGACGCAUUGGUCGACCUGCUAGCCUGCAAUAGGUAUUUGCUUGAUUCAACUCGGCCCAACAACGGAAGAAUGGUAGUGGGGCCGAGAGAUACGCUCUACGCUCUUCAAAACACAUUGCAUCUCAUUGGGGGCCCAGAAUCUUUAUUAUAUAAAAGACUUUUGAGAAUGAUGGCCGAGGUUGCGCUUCCUGUCCCGCAGGUCCCAGAAAUUAUCUAUCGCAAUAACGAUGCACGAAAAGAGGAAAAUCAUAACGAGGAAUAA